AUGACUGUCGUCAAACGAGCGAACGCCCAAGAACUCGGGGCCAGUGCCACGACUUGGCUGGACAUCUAUCUGUUUCUGCAGAUCCUCCCGGGCCAUUUCCUCCUGCCGCUAUUGGCAGGGACGUUCCUCUUCUCGAAGACGGCUGUCCGACAUGCGACGCUCAUAAAUGUCGUGAUCAUCUUCAUCUUCACUGACAUUGUCAGCUGCUUCUUGCUAUAUGCUGGGAAGACGACGGGGCCCCAGCCCAGCCAAACCCUUUGCAUCGCCCAAUUAUCACUCCUCAACGGCCUCACAGCGGCAUGGGCGGUCUCGAUCUCGAUGCUCGUCUUGAACAUCUGGUUCACGUUCAAGAGACUGGGCAAAGUUCCUACUACGCCGGCCCUGAAGUACGCCAUGGUUGCGGCACCCUACUUCGCCAUGACCGUCUUCACGAUAGCCGCAGGGGCUCUCUCAGUCCACAUGCCCGAUCGGGUAAGCCGCGACCGCCGCUUCUUCUACUGCUCCAUCGAAUUCGACCCGUUCUCGAGCUCCCUUGAAGGUUUCCAGGCUUUGGUUUGCUUGAUUACGCUGGGCUUUGAAAUACAUCUUGGCGUGACUCUCUGGCGCAACUGGCAAGCGUUGAAGCGCGCCGGCAUGUCUUCGGGGUUGGACUAUUACUUCCUCCUCCGUGUUUUCGUCUUCGGAGUAUACGUCCUCCUCGGCAUGAUCGUGAGCGCAGUGAUGAUAUUCAGCCCCCAAAGCGUUUUCCCCGACAUGUACGCUGCUUCGAUCGGGCUCGUCGUGUUCCUUGUCUUUGGCACGCAACGAGACGUUAUGCACGUUUGGUGCUUCUGGUCGAAGCCCAAGAACUCGCAAGAGCAAGACAAGUGGUCAGAUUCUAGCAGCAUCCCGGAAAAGCCGGUGGUCAUCGUUUAA